CUCGUUUUCACGUUUCUAUAGGGGUAGACAGUUCCUUGUUCGGACGUCAAACGAACGAGAUAGGAGCAAAUUACGAAUUUUGUCAGAUUCCAAAAUACUAGGUACCAAAUCUGAACUUAUCCCAGUCACCUAUUGACCCUGACCCUUUUGGAAAAUUAUGAAAUCAAUCCCAUAUCUUUUCAAAUUACCCAGUACAGUACUUGAUCAUUGACAUAUCCUUUUCCAAACUUUGGAGACUCGGUUUUCCCUCAUCCGACGUCCGAAUUUGAUUUCAACGACACUGUGACGCUUCUGAGAUUGCCCUCUACACAACCGUAUUCACCUUUCGAAGUUUCGUCGAACUCCAAAAUUUUCCAGAUUCUGGUGAUACACCGACGAAGCUCCGGCGAAUCUCCGACGAGGCUUCUACAGGUCUCCAAACGCAAAUCCGACUUCUUAGAACAUUUCUUACGUUCUCCCGACCAAAACCCAAUGCCCAGACUCCUUCCUUUCCCUCUCCUUCUAUUCCCUCACUUUCCCCCUUCUUCUUUGACGUCGAGUCCAAAACAGUGGACGGAGAGGCGAUGGCGCGGGGAGGGUCCAUGUGCGGAUGAGUUUCUUGCUGCGGGCUGCUGCUGUGCUGUGCUUCAAAACUGAGUGAUGCCCUCUUCUCCUUUUCCUUUCCUUUUCUUUUCCUUUCACUUCGCUCUCUCUUUCUCUGCUUAUCGCGGUUACAGGAGAAGGAAUUAAAGGUGGGGGGGGGGGUUAUGGGAGGGGAUUAAUUAAAGUGUAACCAAGUGAGAUGGAAGUGGUAAUGGUUGUAACGGGUGGGAAAUGAAUUAAUUCCUUUUGUUUUACUUAAUUCAAAUCAAUUAAUCCUUGGUUAGGAUUAGUCAAGAAUUAAUUAAAAUAAAAUUCCCAAUUCGAACCGAGUUAAUUACUGGUUGAACCUAACCUAUAAAAUUCGGGAUGUUACAUUUCCUCCACCCUUAUAAAAAUUUCGUCCCCGAAAUUUGCUUGUACUCAUUCUUCCAUAUUCCUCAUUCUUGUACUUCCUUGCCUUUAGAACUUAUUCUCGCUAUAUGAACUUUGAUGAUGUUGCUUGUCCCGUAUAAUCUACCUCACUUCUUAUAUUUCCUCUUUACCAUAAAAGGUAUUCUCCCAAGCUCGUUUGCAGUUGGACCUUAAAUGGAAGUCGAAGUAUCACAACUUAGACCUGUAAAGGGAAUCAGGUCAAUAACAAAAGGUCAUCAUUCUUUUUAAGUUUAGUCUGCGGGCUAGGUAACAUAAUGGAAAUGUAUUGGAAUGCUCCGCUCGGGUCGAGGCUGCCACUCGGUCCUAAGACGGAUCAAAGAAGAGUGGGGAACCUCAACCUGGCGAACUGAAACAUCUUAGUAACCAGAAUGACCACUUUCCUUUCGGCACUCGCUUGAAGGAAUGGUUGAACCUCAACUGCUAGUACGUGUUUAUUAUUCGGGGCGUUCCGUCAUUGUCGUAGGUCCCUCUCUUUCACCCAAAAGAAGGAACCAACACUCCAGAAACAGAGCAAACAGCAAAAUUCAACCUCCAAAGCAUGCACCAUAUUUCUCCCAAGCACCCAAAGCUCAACGCUUCGACAAUGGCAAACCACUUCUCGCCUCGCCCAGGAGGAACAGCUCGGCAUCAUGGUCAUGGCGCUCCACUACGUCAUCUCAGGCACCACCGAUUCAGCUCGAGCUCAUGAAUUGCUCCAAUUACUAUUCAAUCAAGCUGCAACCAAUGCAGUCAAAAGAGCAAUUCUACCUAUAAGCGGUUUGUUGACCUAGAAGCAUAAAGUCCUAAGAUUUUAAGUUUUAAAGCGUAGAUUUUACUGUAGACACCACAUUUUGUCCGGGAUAAUCGUUUUAUUGAAAACACGAUUAUUGAAAAUAAUUAUUGUAACAUCGUACUACGAUUAUAUUUAAAAAGGAAACUGAAGAUAUUUUAGUUGAGACUAGCAGUUGCAAGUCAAUAUGAAUCAACAAUUAUCAAAUUUGCUCCUAGUCGAUUCUAGGGCAUAAUUAGUUAAGAUAGGAUCGGUUUAAGUUAAGAUUAGCAGUGGCAAAUAUUAAAUAUAAAUUCUCAAUUAGAAGGGAGAAAUGACUAUAGUGCAAAUUUUGUUGCUCGAGUUUGGAUUUGGAUUGGAAUUGGAAAUGGGACAAAUUGAAUAGUGGAAUGAGCUUUAUUAUCAAAAAUUCAAAGUUGAUACAUCGUACAACUUGGGUAAUGACCUCUAAAUAAAGCAAGAAUUAAAAUUAAUUACAAUGACUAAUGCUAACUCUGCAAAAUUUGGGCCAUGCAAUUUGAUUUGUAAAUAUACAACUACAAAGAGAGAAAUAUUUGAGCCUUGAGGCAUGAAUCUGGUCCACUGGCCCAGCUUUCUCAAUCAACGAAGCCCAGAUACCUGAAAAAAUGAGAAGAGACCAAUUAGUCCAAUUACAGAUCUUUAAGCCCAAAAUAGGCUGUCACUCGGCCCAACCCAACAGGGCCAACUCGGCCAACUAGUUCGGUCUAGAGACUAGCCCAACAAUCCAACCCAGACCAAUUUGGUCUAACAAUAUCUUAUCCAGCCGACCAAGCACACCUUUCAAAUUCCAAAUAAAGAAAUGCUCAUUUCAGAGAGCAACACGUGGCGUUGGCUUUGAUAUUUAAGGAGCUCUUUGGCUCUCGGUUUUGUGGGGACGAGGGGAAGGAAAAGAAACCACUAGAGAUAGAAAUACAUAUACAAACAGAAAUACAUACAAUUUCUUCUGUGGAGAAAGGCGCUGAAGAUCAUACAAGAAAGAGUGGUAUUCUCAAAUGACACCAGAUUAGCUUUUCAACUUCUUUAACUCUUUUCAUAAUGAAAUUUUGCUUUUGUGCUAAGGUUCUUUUGGGUUCAAAUUUCAUCUCUCGUAUUAUUCUACUAAACUAGCUAAUAUGUUCACUCAUUUCCCUUUGAAGUGGUUUAUGUUUGAGCAAUAAUUGUUAGUGUCUUCCCUCUACUAGUAUUGAUUAUGCACACUACAUAGUAGAGUUUCGUUUAAAUUUAGCUACUCGAUUUCCAUUUUAUCUUACUCGCCAUCCAUUUGUAGUGAUUAAUCAUCUUCCAAGUUUCCAUAGAUCUACUAUUUGCGACAUAUAUGUUCUCUUUUUGCCAUGAAACAUAGCUAAUACGAAACACCAUAAUCGAAAUUCCAUAUCCAUCACACCAUAAUCAAACAUGACAAUUACA